AUGAUUUCGCAGAGCGCCCGUUCGCGCCAGCCUCCUUCCAAGCAGAAGAUCAAGGACAACAGCGUCUUCAAGAGAUGGCUCCAGAUUCAAGCGAGAGAUGACGACGAUGGGAUCAGCCCUCUUCUGAGUGCGCCGCCAGAGGAUCUCAGUGAUGCCGCUGCCGUGGCGUCCGCGCUGACGGUUACGCCGCGCGAGUACCAGAACGAGCUCUUUGAGAGAGCAAAGAACAAAAAUACACUCGUGGUGCUAGACACUGGCUCGGGCAAGACCCUCAUUGCCAUCAUGCUUCUACGCCACGUUCUGGAGCAAGAGAUGGAGAACAGAUCCAACGGCUGCAUGCGAAAGACUGCCUUUUUCGUCGUCGACAAAGUUGCUCUGUGCGUGCAGCAGUACCAAGUGGUUCGCGCAAACUUGCCGUACUCAGUCACCAAGUUCUACGGCGAGCUGCAACCCAUGGAGCAAGCCCAAGGUCACUGGGACGAGCAGUUUGACGAGAACAUGAUUGUCGUAUGCACCGCGCAGAUCCUUCUUGACUGUCUCAGCCAUGGCUUCAUCGGCAUGAGUCAAAUAAAUCUCUUGAUUUUCGACGAGGUGCAUCACGCGAAAAAAGAGCAUCCAUACGCCGCCAUCAUGAAACGAUACUAUCCGCGAGGCAGUGACGUCAAGCCGCGAAUUUUGGGGCUUACUGCCUCGCCCGUCGAUACAGGAACUAUAGAUAUGGACACGGCAGUGCAGAGAUUGGAAAGCCUCAUGUGUAGCGAAAUCGCGACCGUGUCGGACGAGGUGCUCGAGGCUGGCUGGGUCAAGCGCGAGCAAAAGGAGAAGUUGCGCCUCUACAAACCGCUGAGGCGCCUCGAAGAAUCAUACACAGAGCUGACGAGAAACGUCGAAGAGUUUGCUCGCCACGUUCCGAAGCUCAACAGCUUUGUGCAGUGCGCCGUAAAGAUGGGUUCGGUGCUCGGUCCAUGGUGCGCUGAUCGCUUCUGGCAGGCUCUGCUUACGGAUGAUGUGAUGAAGAGCAUGGCCAUACACUCGGCCAAGUCUCGCAGAGUCGACUUUAGCUACGAUAAGUGGGAAGCGGCAUCCGAUGCGUUGGAGAGUCUUCGGCCGCUGGUGGACAAUCAUGAAUUCACCGCCCUCCCAACGGAGGAAGGCGCCAUUUCGUCCAAGCUCUCUGUGCUUCGAGAGAUUCUAUGCGCCGCGUUCGAAGAGAGCGCAUCGACAAAGUGCCUCGUUUUUGUGGACGAGCAAUUUGUGGCCAUGAUGCUGGCAGACUACUUUGCUCAGCCUGGUAUUGCUCCAAGUGGCAUGAUUGGCGACUUUAUGGUCGGCUUAUCAAAAUCGACAGUUCUAUCAAAUCUCUCCCAGCGACAGCGAAUGACGAAGCUAAACAACUUCAAAUACGGCAACACGAAUUGCCUCUUUGCGACCUCGGUAGCCGAAGAAGGCCUCGACAUUCCUGCGUGCGACCUAGUGAUCCGAUUCGACAUUUGUGUUUCCGCCAUUCAGUACAUUCAGUCCCGAGGUCGCGCCAGAAAAGCUUCGUCUGUUUAUAUCACAAUGAUGGAAAAAGAUAAUCUUGUUCAUCUGCGUCGCCUCGAAAACGUCAUGAUUGACGCACAGUCUCUUCGCUCCUUCUGUCAGAGACUGCCGGCAGACCGAAAGAUUGGAUUGUACGAGCGACCACCUUCAAAGGAGCUUCUCGUCGCGGAUACCGCCACACUCUCUGAGCAGAACAGCAUGACUGUACUCGCCAGAUUCGUGUCCACACUGGCUCAGGGCACCAACACCAGCCCUGUUCCAGAAUACAUUGUCUCUGGGGCCCCGGGCAGCAACUUUGUGUGCUGGGUCAUUCUCCCCGACUCGGCGCCCUUCAAGUCCACGACGGGAAGCAUAGAGCAAAGCAAGAUGAGGGCUCGAUGUGCGGCGGCGUACGAGGCAUGCGUGCGCCUGAUCGAGUCGGGCAGCAUCAACAAAAAUCUCCAGCCGACCUUUAAGAAGAACUUGCCGAGAAUGCGGAACGCGCGAUUGGCACUUGGCGAGAAAAAAACGAAAGAACACACCAUGUUGAUCAAACCGAAAGUGUGGACAUCGCUACCACCCGAGCUACCCACACAGCUGUUCCAGACCUUUAUCGAAAUACAGCCCGAAUCUGCAGGUUUCACGCCCCUUGCAUUACUGACGCGAGAAAAACUGCCGGAUAUAGAGCCAAUCAAGCUUCUCCUCACGGCAAAUGUCACCGUGUCGGCCAGAUUGAUACCUGGUGGACCUACAACGGUGUCACUGGAGCAAGUGCAAAAUCUGUCGGCAUUUACGCUCUGCCUGUUUGAUCAUGUCUUCAGUAAGGAGUUUGAUGCCAAGAAUGAGGAGAUUCCUUUUUACUUUGCCCCUGCGUCCGUGGCUCUGUAUCAGCGAGAGAAGGGAGGCAUUGACUGGCAGCGAUUAGAGCAGGCUGUCCUGUCCAUGGCUCAAAGGCCAGUGAUUGACGAUGGUAACAUUCCUCGGCAACAAUUUGUUAUUGAUCCGCAUGACGGAUCCAGAAAGUUUUUCGCAAACGAGAUUGAACCUGCUCUGCGAGCAACAGAUCCAACCCACGCGGGAGUUCCUGAACAUAGAAAUAAUGGCUACUUGACAUCAGACAGGUCCAUCAUGCAGUACAGUUGCAGCACAAGACUGCCGCAUCGAAAGAAAAUCGUCUUUGAUACCGAGCAGCUCGUGUACAAAGCCACGCUGUUAUCUUUGCGCCGAAAUUACUUGGAGCACGACGACGUAGAAAGCGCCAAACAAGAUCAACCAUGUGUCAUCACUCUCCAAUGUUUGGAAGUCUCUCCGAUUCCAGCUGAUAUUGCUCGUGCAGCCUUGCUACUUCCAUCUGUUCUCUACCGCCUCGAUACUGCAUUGAUAGUAGCAGAGAUCAGUGACAUGUUGGGAUUAAACAUACCUCUUCGGCUGAUGUUGGAGGCCUUUACAAAGAACGCGGUUGAUCCUGAUGACGAGGAGGUCAAUCAUGAACACGAGCAGCAAGGUGGACUGCGCAAUUACGAGCGAUUGGAGUUUCUGGGCGACACCUUUCUGAAAAUGGCAACCACAAUUGCGCUGUACACGCGCAACCCUGGGGCCAAUGAGUUUGAGCACCACGUAGAAAGAAUGCUGCUGGUCUGCAACAAGAACCUGUACAACACGGCAUUGGAACUGGGCUUGCAGAGCUACAUCCGCUCCGGCUCAUUCGACAGACGUACAUGGUACCCCAACCUGCCAUUGAAGCGGGGCAAGCCGGCAAAGUCAACGGUCAUUCAGAAUGUGGGAGACAAGACGAUUGCCGACGUCUGCGAGGCCAUCAUCGGCGCGGCCUACAUGGGUGCCGUUUCAGACGGCAGCAUGGAUGAGGCGGUCAAAGCGGUGACCAAGGUUGUCAACAACCCCAACCACGACAUGGGCUUCUUUUCCGACUACUAUGCCGGCUUCUCCGCGCCCAGCUGGCACGCAAGCCCUGGCAGCGCCGGCGUCAGGGCCACGGUCGAAAGGAUGGCCGGGGUGCUGGGCUACCGGUUCCGGUCGCCGCUGUUGCUGCGCUGCGCCUUCACGCACCCCUCGUGCAAGGGCGAGGAGAUUGGUAACUACCAGACGCUCGAGUUUCUCGGCGACGGCCUGCUCGACAUGGUUGUCGUCGACUACCUGUUUCGCGCGCACCCGGACGCCGGCCCGCAGCAGCUUACCGAGCGCAAGAUGAGCGUCAUCAGCAACCAGUUUCUCGGCUGUCUCUGCGUCGACCUGGGACUGCAGCGCGAGAUCCUGAGCGCCGACGCGCAGGUGCCCGUGCAGAUCAAGGGCUUUGAGGAGAAGCUCAACUACCUCAAGGACAAGGCUGAAGACCCUGCCGCAGAGCAAGGGCGGCCGGCGGCUAACAAGGGCUACUGGACGCUGGCGACGCGGCCGCCGAAGCUCCUCGCCGAUGUCGUCGAGGCGCUCAUCGGGGCCAUGUUUGUGGACGCGCAGUACAACUACGACGUCGUGCGUGGUUUCUUCCAGAGGUUCGUCCAGCCGCACCUCGAGGCGGACAUGAACGGCUACGACGCCCUGGGCCCCGGCCACAUCAUCACGCAGACGGCGCACCAGCUGCAGAACCAGCUGGGGUGCAGCCGGUGGCGGUUCUGCGUCGACGAGGUGCCGUGCGAGUCGCGCAUGGGCCUGCUCGCGCUCACGGCCAAGGACUGCAUCUGCGCGCUCAUGGUCCACGGCGAGGUGCGCUGGCACGCCAAGGCAAGCAGCGGCAUCGAGGCCAAGAGCAAGGCGGCGUCGUGGGCGCUGCGGGAUCUCCGGGGCAUGAGUCGGGACAAGUAUCGGGCGGAGAUGAAGUGUGACUGCGACGUCUCUGGUCGAGACUGA